UCUGCCCUCUAUUCUUCCUCUACACACACGAUUACGGAAAAAGCUAGUUUCGUCGCACGCGAUCGUCGACUGGUUGCAAAGAUCCAGACAUCGAAUCGUUUCCCUUUAUCGUUCGAAUCGAGUCGAAUCGAGUGUUCUCACGUUCUUUCUUAUCUUUCACGAUCGAUGCUCACGGAGAGAAAGGGAAGAAAAUUAUCUACGAUCUGGCAGGUUGCGGAGAGUGAUUAUAAUCGAUGAAAUGUACGUACGAAUGUAUCAACGCGUUGCCCGGCCGACUAAAAAUACAGCACACGUGUGAAGGAGAAAAAUUUCGUGAGAUGAUGACAUCGAAUCGAAGCAACAACCGGCGACGACGAUGGAAUCCGAUCGCGCAAUACCAGCCUUCCUUCACCCACAUCUCGACAUCUGCGUGCUCCUUUUUCAACGAUCCGCGAUAUCACAACGCGAACUUUCUCCGCUCAUUCGUGGACAUGCUCGAUUUUACAUCCUUCGCGAUAAAAUGGAAAUUUUCAACGAAAUUUAAUCUUUAAUUUAAUUUACGAUUUAUUCGCUAUAUAUUUAUAUAAACGAGAUAUUCGUAGAGGUGAAACCGAUGCGAUCGAAACUUUUCGAAAAUUUGUCAUCGAUCGUCCGUUUCGUUGAAUCGGGAAAUUUCGAAAAACGAAAAGAAGAAGGAUAAAGAAGGAAAGAAGAACAGGAUCUAGAGAUUCGUGUUCCCAGAACACGACCAUCAAUCGGGUAAAACCGAAAAGACGCUCACCAAAUAUGGCAAUGGUUCUCGAGAUACAAGGAUUCGAUAUUAAAGCGAGUCGAUGAAUACUUUGUAGCUUCAAUCUCAAGAUCGUGGACGGAAAAUGGAGAUAUCACGUUAAUUAUUAACCAGGCUAAUGUUUGCCUCGAGACUCGAGCAACACCCACAAAAUAAUUCUUCCUUCUCCUGCCGCCACGAUACGGACUAUAAAACAGGGUGCGCACAAUCGUGUCGCGUUCUAUCCAUGGGGGACAAUCGCCACUCCAUUUUGUCGCGGCAUUGCCAAGUUAGAUACGUUUAAAAGAAAGAAACGGAAUGAAGAGGCUCAGCGUCUUCCUGCUGGUUACGUUGGUGCUCGUCCUAUUAGCGAUCCAGGAUACCGCGAGCAAAAAGAUGAGCAUCGAGGAAGCGAAGAAAACUAUCAAGAACCUGAGGAAAGUUUGCAGCAAGAAGAACGAUACUCCCAAAGAGCUUUUAGACGGUCAAUUCAGAGGCGAAUUCCCGCAGGACGAGAGGCUAAUGUGCUACAUAAAAUGCAUCAUGGUAGCGACUAAAGCGAUGAAAAACGACGUUAUCCUGUGGGAUUUUUUCGUGAAGAAUGCUCGUAUGAUAUUACUCGACGAAUACAUUCCACGCGUUGAGAGCGUAAUCGAAACGUGCAAGAAGGAAGUGACAGCUACGGAGGGAUGCGAGGUCGCGUGGCAAUUUGGCAAAUGCAUCUAUGAAAACGACAAGGAGCUCUAUUUAAUGCCAUGAACGAUCUUUCAAUAAAGAACUGGCGAUAUUAUCGAGGAAGCAAGAGAAAUUUCUACACACCUGCGCGUCGUUAUCUUGGCCAUCACGUUCGUAACCGUGGAAAAGCAGUGUGCAGAAAUAGCAGGACCAAACCGCAAUGUAGAAGAGUCUAAGAAAUAUCAUCGACCAUGUUUUAUUCUAUAAUCGGUCCUCGAUCGAUAAUUUUUCGAAACUUUUUUUUUUUUUAAAUUUCCAUGCACGAAUAAUUUUAUCACAGAUCUACGAAUGGCUGUCUUUUACAUCGAAAGACUAGCUUUCAAAUAUUACUGUGUUCCUAAACAUUAUAAUUUGAUAAAUUAUUUUAUUAUUUUAUUA